AUGUUCCGUAUUGCCUGGUUGAAUAUUUACUUUUCAUUGGAGAAGGGACUUGCUUAUCCUGCCACAGAGCAAAAACUCUUGUUUGCCAUGAGCUUGAAUUUUAAAUUGCAUGUUUACUCGGACGACCAUAACCAGCCAUGCUUGAUACAUAUCUUAUGUGCGCUAAUUCCAUCUUGCUUCUUCCCGCUUUUCUAUAUGCAGGUACCUAUUAUGGCAUCCAGUAAUCCACCAUUUAUCAUAAGGGAUCAUCUUUACUCCGAAGAUGACAGGUUGAAGAGAGGGAGACCCCCUCCUCUGCUUAAGGAUGCCGACGAGGAUAUAACUAUUGAUGAAGAACCAGCGCCAGAAGCUACUCCAAUGAUCGACCCCGCAUCUGUAUCAAGGUGCUGCAUAGAAAGGGGUCUGUUUCCGACAGUUCCUUUGUUCUUUCAAUAUCCCUGCAGCACCAGCAAGGGUUGGUCGGAGUGGGUUGACGAUGAAUUGAAGAACCCGUCUACCCGUGAUAUCCUAAGCCGGGCAGGUGUGUUGGAAGCCAUCUUUGCUUUUAAGGCUUGCGACAUCCAUAUUGAAGUCAAGACGCUUCGACACUUGGUCAGACGGUGGAGCAGCGAGACACACACUUUUAUUUGUUCGUGGGGAGAGUUCACUCCCACGCUUGAGGAUGUAGCCAAUAUUUUCCAUCUCCCACUUUGCGGCAGCCAAGAUCCUUUCCACAUUGCAUUAACCCCGGAAGAUGGGCUAAAGCUUAAGACUUUACGGAAUGGUGCUCCGACCUCUCCUAGUACCUCUCUAAGAUUCAGUAAUUGGAUUCAGUUUUUUGGGAAUAGUGACCGAGAUGAGCCGUGUCGCCUUGCUGCGUUCGUGUCCUUGUGGCUCGGGAGGUUCCUCUUUUGUGAUUUUUUUCAAGACUGCUUGCAUGGGAGAGUGUUUCCGUUGGCUUUGGCAAUAGCACGGGGUAGCAUGAUCCCUUUAGCCCCCAUGUUCUUGGGGCACCUAUAUCGCUUGCUUGACCAGAUUCAAUUUCUUGAGAAGGGGGCGGCCGGAACCAUGGCUAUGGAGACUUUUGUAAACUCCAGUUUUCUGCAAAUCUUUUUAUGGGAACGCUUCAAAGGCUGA